AACUUCACACACUUACGGCACGUGUGAAAGCGGAAAGACGGAACGGUCCUCGCUUCGACGCCAUAACCACACACAGUGACCAGCUUUAUCGAACAAUUCGAAGAGAAGCUUGUUUACAUCUCUUCUUCAGUGUUACUUUUUUCUCAGUUGAAUCAAUGGGAGGAGCAGAGCAUGGACACGGAGGAGAGGGGGCCCACGGUGAUUUCAGGGCCAAGGUGUGGACCAUGGCAGGUGGCCCAAACUGUAGGCCCAAGCACUGGAAGCGCAACACGGCCAUUGCCAUGGCUGGCAUUUUCCUUAUUUGCAUUCCUAUUGCCAUGAAAUCCGCCGAGCUCGAGCAACGGCCUCAUCAUCCUGUUCGCCCAAUCCCAUCCCAGCUCUGGUGUAAGAAUUUUGGAACCAAAGACUACUGAAGUUUUUCAGGAUCACCAAGUGGAAAAGUACUUGUAGAGGUCUUUGGCAAAGAUUGCUUGUAUUUUUGAUUGUCCGGUUUUAGUAGCCUUAUAUGACUUGCUUGGUAAUGUUUUCAAAGAUUUGAAUCUCCUUCUUCUGGCGUGGAUAGUAUCAUGAUUAUAUUAUCAAUAAGUUGCAGAAUGUCGCGCUUCUUGUUAUCAUAAAGAUGUUAUGACUGUUAUUGAAAUUGUGAUAUAGAUCUUGCUUUCAUUAA